AACACACCCCAGCUGCAGGAGCUAGGGUGAGGGUGAGGGCUGGCGUCAAGAUUAUGCUAAUUAACUCCAAGUCCCAAGACUCUUGUUGCCUGGUGACAAAGUUGCACAGAGGAAGAGCAGCAGGACAAAAGGCAGACCACCCACUGUAAUAGCCACAUCAGAUUAUCACCAAUUUGAUCCACCACCAGCCGUGAAUCAACAUUUCCCAGAGCUCAAUCAUUCUCCGAGCUUACCUUCUAGCAGUUUUAUGUGACUUCUUCCUCAAAGUCAUCACCAUCAACUCAGAAAAACAGUCUUCAAAUACACUCCCAUACUAAGAGACCAUGGCUAAGGGUGGGAAAGGCCCAAAGGGCAAAAAGAUCACCCUCAACGUGGCCAAGAAUUGCAUCAAAAUCACCUUUGAUGGGAAAAAACGCCUUGAUCUGAGCAAGAUGGGAAUCACCACCUUCCCCAAGUGUAUCCUGCGUCUCAACGAGGUUGAUGAGCUCGACCUUAGCCGCAAUCUGAUCAGGAAGAUUCCUGACUCUAUCUCCAAGUUUCAGAACCUGCGAUGGCUGGACCUGCACAGCAACUACAUCGAUAAGCUCCCUGAGUCCAUAGGCCAGAUGACCUCUCUGCUCUUUCUCAACGUCAGUAACAACAGACUGACCACCAAUGGGCUGCCUGUGGAACUGAACCAGCUCAAGAACAUCCGCACCUUGAAUCUUGGCCUCAACCACCUGGACAGUGUGCCCACCACACUGGGGGCACUGAAGGAGCUCCAUGAGGUAGGGCUACAUGACAACCUGCUGAGUACCAUCCCUGGCAGUAUCUCCAAGCUCCCCAAACUGAAGAAGCUCAACAUAAAGAGGAACCCCUUUCCAAAGUCAGAUGAGUCAGAAAUGUUCUUCGACUCCAUCAAAAGGCUGGAAAACCUUUAUCUGGUCGAUGAGAAGGACCUGUGCACAACUUGCCUGCAAAAAUGCCAACAGGCCAGGGACAAGCUGAACAAGAUCAAGAGCAUGGCCCCCUCAACACCAAGAAAGGCCAUCUUUUCCAAUUUGGUUUCACCCAACUCAAUGGCCAAGGAUUCCCAGGAAGAUUGGAGGUCCUAGAAAGGGAUUUAAGCACACUGGACUUCAUCAGGAUUGAGAACCAAGCCAGCAGAUGUCUUUGAUUUGUCUGGUGUGCACUCCAGUCAGACCCAUUUUUAGCUAGGAAAUGCUGGCUACCAGACAGAGCAAAGACGGGAAAACAGAGUGCUUAGCUGUCUUCUUCUGCAUCAUAUUUAAUACUGAUGCUCUUUCCUGCUAUGAAACACCACUGCCUGCCAUGUUUAUUCCCUGGAAGUUGCAUUAAGCCUGGAAAUACUUGAUACAAAGUCAUGGGUUUCUCUUUCCUCAAGUAGAACAGAAACCAUCUGCAGUGACAGUGGUUCCUGUUUCUGAGAGACAGGUACAGCCUGGGUGACCCUGGGGUGAUCACAGUAUGACCUGUGUUUUGCCCUGGUUGCCUGGAGCAUUUGCCUCAGUCUCUUGUGUCUCCAUUCCUCAGGUUGAGCACAGCAUCCUUCUCCUAGAGUAGCUUAUGGCAAAAACACGAAGACCAAUCAGCUAACAGAAAUAAAGGACUCUGAAGAAGAAAAGUCCCAAAUUAGAAGACAGAGUGGCACAGGGAACAUUCUGGAAGACAGGCUCUCCGGUGCUGCCCACGUUACUGAAUUGCUCUAUCAAUUUUACUUUGUUUCCCUUGGUUCUGGGCUACCUGCUUCUGAAAAGGCCUUUGAAAGAUAUUCAUGUGGUUUUCUGCAUGUAUGUAUGUAAAGAGAACAUUUAAGAAAAUUAUAGAUAUACAUUAAUUAAAGACUUCAAAGUCUGCAUUAAGAAUGAAAAGUCUUUAGGUCUCUACAUGUCAUUCAAAAUGGUACAAUCUCUUCACCAGUAAAUUGUAAAAAUUACAUGUAUAGGGCUGGAGAGAUGGCUCAGCGGUUAAGAGCACUGGCUGCUCUC